AUGCCUCAGGAAAUCGCGCGACAGUGGUUCAUCCCAGGCGACGGCAUCGACCGUCAUGUCAUUUCCGCCGACAUCCAGAGAUACCUUGGGAACGAUGCGACCGUCCGACCCGGACUCGGAACAGGCGAGAACCAGGGCGUCCAAGGAUACUGGAUCAAGGCCUAUCGCAACCUCACAUCUGCCAUGAUCGCAGAUUUGCGCGCAGAUUCCGCCCGAUGGAGACAAGAGCAGCGCCAGACAGGCACAAGAGAAUCAUAUGUUGGUUCCUCAACGUAUAAUGCAUCCAGUGCCAGCCGCACCGUGCAAAACCGCCGCGAUGGAGGAGACUCGCCCUCGUUGGAAGGACCAUAUGGACUGCCGCCAUCGUCGCGGGAUAGAAUACCAGUGGAUACCAGAAUGGAUACGCGCAUGGACACGCGCAUGGACACCAGGAUGCAGAUCGAUCCGCCGCAGCCGCAAAGCAGAGGAUACCCAGCGGAGAAUCGUGCUACUUUCCAACCCGACGGCAGAGCAUUCCCUUCUGAUAGCAGAGGGUACGCGCCAGAUGGUAGGUCUUCAUAUCAACCAGAGGCACCCAUGCCGUCCGGAUAUGGUGGACGUCCUCCCGUAUCGGCUGCGUAUCGCGAAGAGCCCAGGUUCGCGCCCUCAUACCCACCUUCCAGUGAUGGAGCUCCGCCCGGUUACGUGAGACAAGGCCAAUAUUUUGUUCCCAUCACGCAGUAUGAGCCCGCGCCAUCUAUACCCAGUAGAUCGGACCCAUAUGGAGCAUCCGGAGGAUUUGGUGGCCAGCCGCAACAAAGGAGCGAGGCCAGAGAUCCGAGAGACCCUAGGUACCAACAGCCAGAGUAUGCGGACCCCAGGGAUCCACGUCCAUAUGGCACUAUGCCGUCGCAAUCGUACGAUCAGUACGGUGGUAGACGCUCGUCUCGUCCCUUCCCGGACGACAUGGCCACUCGAGCAUGCGUCCAAAUGGAUCCGAACAUUGUGAACAUUAUCGCUUGA